GGACAGGUGGGGGAUGUAUCAAUCAUGGCUGCUUCCAUUUCGGGUUAUACUUUCAGUUCUGUGUGUUAUCACAGCGCCAACAGCAAUUCUGACCAUGAAGGAUUUCUUUUUGGAGAAGUAAGGCAAGAGGAGACUGUCAGCAUCAGCGAUUCACAGAUAAGCAACACCGAAUUCCUCCAAGUAGUAGAAGUUCAUAAUCAUGAGCCGUGUGCACAACUGUUUAGCUUUUAUGACUACGCAGGCAAAGUCAAUGAGGAUAAUCUCGGUAGAAUUCUCAAGGGGCGAAAAAAAAACGUCAUCGGCUGGUACCGGUUCCGGAGGAACACGCAGCAGCAGAUGUCCUUCAGGGAGCAGAUCAUCCACAGGCAGCUGACCCGUGUGCUGGGCGUGCCCGACCUCGUCUUCCUCCUCUUCAGCUUCAUCUCCACCGCCAACAACUCCACGCAUGCGCUGGAGUACGUGCUGUUCAGGCCGGGCCGGAGCAGGUACAAUCAGAGGGUGUCCCUCAGCAUCCCAAACCUGGGGAACACGAGCCAGCAGGAGUACAAGGUGUCGUCUGUCCCCAACACCUCCUGCAGCUAUGCCAAGGUCAUCAAGGAGCAUGGGGCUGAGUUCUUCGACAGAGACGGAGUGAUGAAGGAUAUCAGAACAAUCUUCCAGGUCUACAGUGCACUACAAGAGAAACUUCAAGCUGUGUGUGGAGAGGUGGAACAGAGCGAACGCGCGAAAGAGAAGGUCCGAGAGGAAGUGAGCAGACUCAAGGAGCAGAUAUCUCUCAGGAAACACAAGAGUGCACAGGAGGGAAGGCGACUCCAGGAAACAGCAGCAGCAGCAGCAGCAGAGCUGAAUGCUGCUUCAGUGGAGGAUUCAGACCCCUCUCCCCGCUCCAGCGUGGCCUUCCACAGCUCCGCAGCAGACCGGCUGGGCCCAGAGAGGCCCAGUACCUCAGACGCUCCGCCCCCGUACUCAGACUCAGUGCCCCGGGACCCCCUGCUAGCACCGUCCCCUGCGCCCGGCACGGCCCUCCUCCCCCGGCCCCAGGCGGUGGGGGCCUCACGACACCCCGCCCGCAGCCAGGUGUUCGGGGGCACGGAGUACCCCGGGAAUGGAGACGGCUCCAGUGCCGAGUUCUUGGACAGACAGGCCGCUGGGCAGGAGAACGAGGAAGACGAAGAAGAAGAGGAGGACGACGAGGACAGUAGCGAGUAUGAAAACCCGGUUAACGAGCCCUCGGGGCAGUCCAAUAGUAGACUACUGGCGCUGGCCCGGGGCCGACCAGCUGCUGUCAGACCAGACGGAAAUGCCCGCAGCUCGCAAACCUCUCAGAGCUGAAUGCUGGGGGGGUGUGUUGGGGUGCACGGGCUCGGACUGAAACAAAAAAAGCUGAACAUCCAUAUAGAAGCCAGGAUAAGAAGGAUGGUGUUUAAAGAGUGUAGGCCCUGGAAAUAAAAGGCAUGCACAGAGAGUUCUGCUGUUUGCUUGUUUCAUUUUUUUUUUUUUUAAGUCUGCCUUCAUUUUAACCCUCACUAAUGGGAUUGUGGAGAUCAUUUCCCUGAUGAAUGGAGUUUUUUGUUCCAUGUUCAGAAGAGAAUACCACAUAUUGUACUGACUGCUGAAGAGUACACUUCCAGCUGGUGCCAGCUUGGUUAGGUUAGAUCACACCAGUGAAAUGGCUGGGUUCCCACUUUGCUCUUCACGGAUGAGCGUCAGAUGUAUGAACAACUUAGAUAAUCCAUUUGUUCCAUUACCUCUUGCACUGUUUUGCCUUGUUUUUGUAUUUAUCGAAACGAAAAGGGAAAUUGUGUUUUUCUGUGGCC